GAUCUCUCACGAUAACGUUGUUUCGUACGAUCGUUCUAGCUUCACGUUCUUCAUCAUGUUGAUUCGCUUCGCUUCAUCAAGCAUCAUUUUCUGGAUCUAGCUUUCUUGCUUUUCGACUCGAGCCUUGUUUAUUAUCCGCCACAGCCGCCAUCAGAGCGCCUGGCACCAUUUGACUUACGCAAACACAAAAAUCUGAAAUUAUCAAUAUUGCUACACAUUUGUGAUUCUUGCCAAUGCUACAAUCUUCAUCAACAUCAAAUUGGGACUUCGCUCCGGUGUUUAACCUUCUGCGAUCACCCACACGUCAGAACAAGGGACAGGCGACAUGCGACACAUCCUCGGAUCAUCCCCUGCCUUUACCUGCAUCACAUGAAAUAACGAAAGAUGACGUUGAAAGGUUGGAUACUGGAGAAACAUCCCUGUCCGGUGAAAACCUUAGCACGCCGAAGCUAGGGGAUUUCGGCUCUCUGUGGGAGCUACUGCGUAACACCAGCAUUUCUUCUGAUUCGCAAAGCGAGACCCGAUCACAUUUGGAACAGUCUCAGACAAAGAACACCAAACCUAUCACAAUUCUCAAACGGCCCAUGGUCGAAGGAUCGCUAGAAGGAUCGCUAUCUACAACGGAAAGUUCCCUACAGCGAGUCAUCGACUCCACAGCGCAGAGUAACCACGAUGCUCAACGUAGUGUGCCUGUCCAGCGGCGCCGACGCCGACAUAAGACCACUCCAGAAGCUAGUUCUCCAGAAAGUAACCCUGAAGGAGAGUCCGAUAGCUGUCCCAGUGUUUUUGACCCCCCACUCUCAAAGCCACAGAGCAUCCCGUCAAUGAUCCCGCCGCAGGUCGGUAUUUCAGAGAUUAGAACGGGACUUCUCGAGACUCCACCGUCUUCUUUCGAUGAGUUGGAUGAUUUUUUGACUUCCAAAAAUGUCAAAAUAUCUGCCAGCGCCGGAGCACCUCGAUUACAACCACUUGUUUAUACCUCCGCAACCGAACAGCGGGUUGGGCUUUUUACCAAACUUCUGAAGGACUUCCCUGAUUAUGCUGAACUUAUCGCCGAAUCUGGGCGGUCGAAACUAUCAAAGAAACAUGAUAUAUUGGGCCGGCCAAUACAUGUGUUCGUCGAUAUGUCGAAUAUUAUGGUGGGAUUUCAUGACACAAUGAAACUAUCGCGGAACAUACCUGUUCAAACCAGGAUCCGCCGUCUGCCGCUCUCAUUUCAAAACUUCUCGUUAAUAUUAGAACGUGGCCGAUCAGCAGCUAAGAGAGUUCUCGUUGGCUCUGAUCGCAUCGCAGCUAUAAGCGAAAGCGAGCAACUUGGUUACGAGGCUAACAUCCUCAACCGAGUUCAGAAAAUCAAACAGCUGACCCCUCGUCAGGUGAAAUCCAGGAGAAAUCCUCGGAUCGCCUACCAGGAUGGCGGUCAUAGUUCUGAAACGAACGAUGCCCCGGAAGAACGUUGGGUCGAGCAAGGCGUGGACGAAAUUCUACACCUGAAGAUCCUGGAAAGUCUACUAGAUACGGACGAGCCAGCGACGAUCGUGCUGGCAACGGGAGAUGCCGCGGAAGCAGAGUACUCUGGUGGUUUCAUGAAAAUGGCCGAGCGAGCUCUUCUGCGUGGCUGGAGAGUUGAGUUGGCGGGGCUGGCGGGGCUAGCGGGGCAGAUCUUAUCAGCUACCUACAGAAAGUGCCUAACGACAGCUGCUCGCGGAUCUGUCGCCAACAUCAAUUAUAUCGCCAUGGUCACCUUAACACCCCAAGAUCUCUAUGGUGGCGCCAUUAAAGCUAUAAUUCCAGAGCGCUGGAUUGAUGCAAGCUCUCUUCGCCAAAUCCCUGACCACCAAGAAUUGUUCCUUUCGCCAAGCAGCCUCUCAAACCUCAUUUUUGAAAUAAACGAGCGCGUCUCAGAAGAAACAGCUCUAUCUUCUCUCCAAUCUACCCCAAACCAAGAAGCCCUCGAGAUCCUAGGUCCAAACCCCGGAGCUACGCCCGAGACUGUCGACAAAGCAGCAGCGUUAUACCAUUUGAAUGACAUUCGAGACGACGAUGAGGAUUCUCUGCGCAUCAUCAAUCCUCCACAACUAGUCUUCGCACGUCAGCUUCCUCGUGCAAAAGUAUACAAGGGCGCUGCACAAAUAACAUCAACUGCGGUGCCACGCUCUCAUGUUGCUCCCUCUAUUGGAGGUGCGGUGGCCGGCUCGAGCACCGAUGGAGGCUUGGUGUCCAGCGUGAGUGUUCAUUACCUGCUUGUCAGGCUUGAGGAGCAAGAAUCCGAUGUUUUAGUUUUCUUUAAUGUUCCGCAUAAGGAGUUCGAUGAGAAGGGGGACCCAAGGGGCCUGCUAAGAGAGGAGGAGUUAGCGAGUGAGGUUAUUAAUGCACUAGUUGAUAGGUUGGAGGUCGCGGACUGGGGUCUGUUCGGCGGUUGAUGUUGUUGCUUUCUGCGCCUUUCUUCAUUCGGUUCUAAUUCAGUCUGCGUGUUAAUCGUGACUGCCUGUGAUGCAUUCUGGUAUGAUGCAGUGCUUUGGAUAGAAUGAUCCGAGGAUCAUGAUUGAACAUAUUGGAAUAUCCCUCUCUGCAACCACCCGCCAGCUGAUUUGUCUAGCGGGGGUUACACGCAUUAUUAG